GCCGCCGUUUGCUGGACUGGAGAAUACGACAGCGAUACUUCGAGGCGGAUUGGGAGGAAGUUGCUUGGUUGUGUUGUUGUUUGCUGAAGGGUUCGUCGAUCAGUUGUGAUUCAGUCGCGGGAAGGCACGUACCCGCAUUUCUGCAGCGGCUCGGAUCCAUCUCGACAUUGUAACAACACCAGAAGAGUGCCGUCGCUCACAUCUUUCUUGUGAUGGAGGCAUCAGACCUCGCAAGGCAAAGCGUUGGCCUCCCCUCGAUAAAUCACAUGGAUGCCAGCAGGUUCAAGCGGGAAGAAAGUGACUACCAGCGAAAACUCUCGACACCUGCCAUGAUCAGUCCGUUGCACCCUUCGUAUCUACACGGUACCCACCAAUCGCCGCCCGCCAGCGCAGUACCCGGCUCGCUUGCCGGUCUACUAUCACCUCCGGAAUCACGCAGGACAUCUGGCGACGAGAAGGACGUCUACAAAUCAGCGCCACGACAAUCACUUCCAUCGAUAUCCGAAGCUUUGGGAGCAGAGCAAUCGCUUCCAUACCCUGGACCUGUCCCACCACCACCCACUGCACCGACGCCGACCUCCCAUCAUCAAGCGACGACCACUUCCCCGUCCGAUUCACGAAAAAGACCUUUCGAACCGGAUUCUUACAGCGCCCAAGGACCGCCGAAUCCGUUCUCACACCCUCGCAGCCCUUUCGUCAGCGCCGCCGCUCAGGUACCACCCCCGCCACCACCACCGCACAACCAAGUCGAUUCGACACACCGACUACCAUAUGAUCCACGCCCUCCAUAUUCGACAUCGCACCACAACCCAAGGUUGCCAGCAUUGCACCCCAUCAAGACUGCGCAGUCCCCAACGCCACCUGCCGCUCGACCAAACUUGCCAUACUCUUCGUACCCGCCAGCGCCGUCACCAGCUUACGAACCUGCUGCUCCUCAGCCACCCGAACCCAUGAAUCACCAGUACGGCUACUCGCAAGCACAACAUGCAUCCUAUCGGCAGUCGGCACCUACCUCAAGCGGACUGCCUGCGGCCUACCCUCCUUCAAACUCGAACUACUCUGCGCCACCCCGAUACUACCCUACGUCUUUGCGUGACAACAACGAAGCCCGUCUGGAAGAGAAAAGGCUCAAUCGUGCUAGUCUUGCGCCGUACGGGGAGUCCGUGAAACGCCACCUUGACAGCUUCGACCUUGAAGCAUCAUUGAAUGAGAUGGCCGAUGGAUGUGGGCGUAUCUCGGAGUUUUCUAAAGCUUAUCGUCACAGACCGCAUGAAGCCCAGCGCAUUGGCAUGACACCACAGUCGAUACCACGACUUGAGGAAAUUGAUGAUAUGAUCAAGCAAGGUGAAAGGGUUCAGAUAUCUCUUCAACGCAUGCGAGAUGUGGUCUUCAAUCAUCAGCAAGCCAGUAUGGCCGAGCCGCCUCGAGAAGCUCACUACCGACGUGCAAAUGGAUACGACCAUGAAACAUCCAGUAGCUACGGCGACGACAUGAAAAGCAACAGUGCAUUUGCCGGCGCUGACAACAAGACACGUAAACGAGGUCGAGCUGCCCCUCCUGGUCGAUGCCACAGCUGCAAUCGUGCUGAAACACCAGAGUGGCGCAGAGGUCCUGACGGUGCUCGGACUCUGUGCAAUGCCUGUGGUCUUCACUACGCAAAGUUGACCAGGAAGAUUGGCAAGGAUGCCAUGACUAGCUCGAAUCUCCGCCCGAAAUCGAUCGACCAUGGUUCCCCUGCUGUAUGAGCAAGGACACCCUAUCAUACGUUGCCGUUCAAGCGAACUAAAGUCCUUUCUCUUGGGAACCC